CAUAAACUAUUAAAAUGUCGAUUAAUUAAUAACUGUCUAUUAUUAGGGUUAUCCCUAUUUUACGGUUAUUUGGUAUUGAUUUAUGCGGUAAUUAGUUUCGGUAAAAAUGGUCUAAAAUUUUUUCAGAUACAUCGCCGUGACAUUGAACCCGAUUGCCUAACCGAUGGACAACUGGGUAGACAUUAUUAUCAACAACUAAACAAUGGUAUAAAACUUCAUUAUGUAAUGUCCGAUAGUGAGGAGGAGGACCACCAGUCAAACAAACAGCUAAUGUUGUUUAUUCACGGUUUCCCAGAAUUCUGGUAUUCCUGGCGACACCAGAUCCGAGAGUUUAGCCCAGACUAUCGGACACUAGCGGUCGACUUGCGUGGCUAUGGCCUAUCGGAUAAACCCCUGGGUUGUCAUAACUAUACCUUGGAUUUAUGUGUCGAAGAUAUCUGGGAAUUGGUGGCCAGUAUAUACCGCAACCGACUACAUAAGCAGCCGAUAGUAUUGGUCGGACACGAUUGGGGCGGUUUGAUUGGCUGGAAAUUUACUGGGAAAUAUCCUCAACUAGUCGAUCGGCUAAUUGUAUUGAAUAGUCCACAUCCCCAGGUCUUGAGGGAUAGCCUCCGGUGUAGUCCUAAACAAUUUUUCAGUUCAUGGUAUAUGUAUUUUUUCAACUUACCACUACUACCUGAGCUAGUGUUGCUAAGCAAUGAUCUACAACUAUUUGAUAUUUGUAUGGUGGCGGCUGAUGGACAUCCUAUGUUUAGCCGGGAUGAUAUGGAUGCCUAUAAAUAUGUAUUUAGUAGAUCAUCCGGACUAACUGGCCCAUUGAACUAUUAUCGGGCAUUUUUAAGGAGGAGGAGGAGCAGUAGAAAAUACCCGUCCGAUAGACCGAAAAAUAUAAUGACAAUCAAAGUGCCGACACUUAUUAUUUGGGGCAAACGUGAUAUAGCAUUCAGUGAGCAAUUGGCUACCGAUGCGCACCGGUAUGUCCAGGAUUUGACCGUCCAGUACAUUGAUAACUGUUCCCAUUGGACACAAUUGGAUCAGCCGAUGAUUGUUAAUCAAUAUAUAAGACAGUAUUUAAAUAAAUAAAUAAAUA